GAGAAAGAGGAUAAGGCAUGUAAGACAUGGUAGGAGGCGCAGUUUGUAAUGUUAUCUCCACCAUUUUCGCAUCCAUUUUGAUUUUAGAGCUUUUGGAAACUAAACAAAAAUGCUGAAAGUCUCAGGCAAUCUGAUUCCGGGCCUGGAGGGAGCUUUGGAAAAACAUCUGUUCAGAGGUGGUGGAGUUCAUAACCUCAACUGUAAAGAAGCAGGUCAUGACCAUACUCAAACCCCGUUGAUUCACUCAAGAUCAGCAGAUAUAACUCAUGUGUCAUGGAAUUCAGUACAUACAAAACUGCCACCUCAAAAGUCAAGCAACAGUAGAAAUGCAUUGAAGGCCUAUGCAAUGAGGAGGAGAAGGGCACAUCGGAGAACCGAAACAUAUGUACUAUUCGAACCAGGACAGGAAGAGAGAUUUGUUUCCGAGGAAGAGCUAAAAGCAAAGUUGAAAGAUUGGCUGGAAAAAUGGCCGGGGAAGGUCCUUCCUCCAGACCUUGCCAGAUUUGAAAACAUGGAUGAUGCUGUUUCCUUCCUAGUAAGAUCUGUUUGUGAACUUGAAAUUGAUGGAGAUGUUGGUUCGAUCCAAUGGUACGAAGUUCGUUUGGAGUGAGGCGGCCGGGAACCCCCCCCAAAAAAAAAAAUCAGCCUUAUAUACCUGCCAUCAAAUAUAAGAGGCUAGCUAUUAUAUAUUUUCAUUCUGUAACUUGAUACUUGAAUGCAUUAUGCAGUGGGCUUGAACUUGUUGAAAGCAAUGCAAAUGAAAGAUGAUGAUGAUGAAGCCCUGAAAUUGAUGUAAAUUUGUAAAACUUCUCAAGGCAAUUUCUUUAGUACAAGGUUCUGCAUGCAGAUCAUUAUAAACUCC